CCGGGGAUUCCCAAUAUCCUGGCGGGUGGACUCGGCUUCUUCAGUCAGCCUCUGGCCGCAGCGUACCGGGUUCUCCAGUCCUUCGUGCCGCAGGACCCCAGCUUCCCGGGCCGCUGCUCUGGCCGGUUCGCCUCUGCAGUCAACAGACCCAUGGCCGAACGUGGGGAACUCGAUUUGACCGGCGCCAAACAGAACACCGGAGUGUGGCUCGUCAAGGUUCCUAAAUAUUUGUCCCAGCAAUGGGCUAAAGCCCCUGGAAGAGGUGAAGUUGGGAAACUGCGGAUUGCUAAGAAUCAAGGAAGGACUGAGGUGUCAUUUACUUUGAAUGAGGAUCUUGCAAAUAUUCACGAUAUUGGCGGAAAACCAGCUUCUGUCAGCACCCCUAGAGAACAUCCAUUUGUCUUACAAAGUGUUGGAGGACAGACAUUAACAGUCUUUACUGAGAGCUCAUCAGAUAAACUUUCAUUGGAAGGAAUAGUCGUACAAAGAGCUGAAUGCCGACCUGCUGCCAGUGAAAACUACAUGAGAUUAAAGAGAUUGCAAAUAGAAGAAUCUUCCAAACCUGUAAGGCUAUCACAGCAACUGGACAAAGUGGUAACAACUAAUUAUAAGCCUGUUGCUAAUCAUCAAUACAAUAUUGAAUAUGAAAGGAAAAAGAAAGAAGAUGGAAAACGAGCUCGAGCUGAUAAACAACACGUUUUAGACAUGCUAUUUUCAGCAUUUGAGAAACAUCAGUAUUACAAUCUUAAGGACUUGGUGGACAUCACAAAACAACCUGUGGGCUACCUAAAGGAAAUCUUAAAAGAAAUUGGUGUGCAGAACGUAAAAGGAACCCACAAAAACACAUGGGAGCUGAAGCCAGAGUAUAGACAUUAUCAAGGAGAAGAAAAGAGUGAUUAAGAAGACUUUCAACCAGCAUGCUAACAGAACAACUAAAGGGUGAUGUGCUAAGGAAACACCAUUGAUGCUCAAAUACUUGAGGUCCAUCUGUUAUAGGGGUAAAAUGACUGGAACUGUAAUUUCCCUAUGUAAAUUUUUUAAACAAUAAUUCUUGUAAAGUUACUUAAGUGUUUUUUGACGAACGAAAUUAUUUAUAGGCUUGUAUUAAACUAGAUUAUUCAGGAGCAGGUGUGGGAUUGGGGCGGUUAAUAAGGUUUUUCUCUUUAAAUAUUGACUUUUAAAAUGUAAAAUUAGGAAAUGAUUUCUAAAUAAGGACUCUCUGUCCUUGUCUUAUGUCUGAGGAGCUGAGGUAAUGCAAAUCCAAAGUGAGUGGCAAAGCAAGAAAAAAGUCAACGACAGAAAGUCUUCAAAGCAAUAAAAAACCAAAGUUCCUUUUUCUGAAAUUGUCAAAAACCAAAGCUGUCUUUAUUUUAUUUUAUUAUUUUACAGAUGACCAUGUUUCAUAUUCACACCCAUUAAUAAAAAAAGAGAGCAUUUAUUUUGUACCUAAGA